UUUACCAUUUAGAUUUAAUAGUAAUUAUCAUUUAUCAGAUGUACGUUUCAAAAUGGCUGAAAGAUUUAGAUCCAAGCAAUACCGGUGUACAUUAAGGUUACUUCGUAAACCUGUAAAUCGCAAGAAAUAUCUUCCUAUACGUUGAUUAAAAUGGUAUCCAAUCCGUGGAAAACGGUGCCGGGACUACAAAGAUUAACAAAUUGGGCUAUUUUUGGAGGUUUUACCGUUGGAGCUUUUGGUUAUUUGGUACGGUAUCAGACUAAUAACAAAAUUCGGAAAACAAAAACUUAUAAACAGGCAUUACAAAUGUUUUAUGACCAAGAGAAGGCAGUUCAAUAUUUAGGAGAACCCAUAAAAGAAGGAAGAAUAAAGAUAAAUUACCGUGAUACUGUUAGAAAGAUCAGUGUUAAUCUAAGAGGUGCUAAUACGAAAGGACAAUUAGAUUGUCAUUAUACAGUUAAACCAGAUCUAACGACCGAAAUAAAGAAGUUAGAAAUGAAGUUUAAGAACUUACCUGAGAAAAUUUUUGUGAUUCAUGAAAUUUGA